CAUAAUAUGAACUUGCCGUGUUUAGGAGUAUAAUUUCUCGGUAACUGCACCUGUGUGCAGAAAUAUUGAACUUUAUUAAUGCCCGUUGGAAUUUAGUGAUUUGAGUAAUUCUCACGUUAUGAAUGAAUUAGUUGAUACUACAGAAUUCAUCUCAUUUUCGCAUCAAUGUGAAAUAUCAACAGUAAUUUUGUGUUAAUGGAUAUGUUAAUUUCAUCGUACAAGUUGUUUGAUAAAGUAUUCUUAACAGAUAACCAAUCGUUUUCUCCAGAACGAUCACAUGGGCCAAUGUAUGUCGCGGAAAGCAGCUGGUGCAUUUGCCGCAUCUGCUGCAGGAGCUCACAAUAGGCCGUCUAAAAAAAAGCAUUCCAAGUUACACCAGAGCCCUGAUGACAACCACAAACACAGCGGUCCAAUGAGGAAGAAUAACUCUCUAGCUACCAAGGGGGUUGCAACAUCCUUUGGUUUCAGGAGGCGUCCCAUGACAUCACCUUCUGUUCUCACCACACCUAACGAAUCUGUGGCUAGGCGUUUAGCCUCGACUGAUUCCAAUGGAAACGAUAAUGAUACUAGGCCCUUAACUGCUAACAUCGAAACCAAUGGAAGGUCCACGCCUAGGUUGCCACCACCGAAAAAGGAAGGGAAUGCCACUCAGGGAGUUGGUCGGUUUGGUUUCAGGCAAACCAAUUUGCAGGUGAACCGUUCGAAUAGAGUGGCCGACUUGAAUUCUGAACGUAUCGAAUUUUGCCCAACCAAAGGCUCGUCUACGCCGAAAGCCUUCCACGCCACAAAUAAUACUGCUUCCAACAACAGAGUAGCCCCCAGAGCCGUUUUCGGAAAACCUUCGGCGAUUUCCGUGGAUAAUAAUAGGAAUCGAGCAGCCGCUGUCAAAAAUCCCGCUCAGUCUGAUCUGUUGGGAAGGUUUACCCUUCAAGCGACUCAGUUACCCAGGCCUCAGUCUAUCCAUGUAGUUGAAACUAAAACAGCCAAAACUAUCGUGAAUAAUAACAUAAUGAAAUAUUCGUCAAAUGGAAGUAGAAGAACUACUCGAGAAGAUUCAUCGAAGGAUGGUUCGUCGACCGAAGAUUCUGGAUUGGGAAGUCAUGUAGGAACAGAUCUGGACAUCUCGCCACAAACACCAACAAAUGGGAUUAACAAAAAUAGAACAUUUGAAGUAAAGGUAACUGGAAAAACUUUCGAAUUGCGGGAACCGGAAGCUAUGGGUGCUUCUUUGCCUCAAACGCUGGACGCUCCAGUCAAAGAGGAUUCUGAAAGAAGUAUCUUCCAGAAUACAGGGCUGGUCCGCGAGCGGACAUUCGCGUUCGAGCAACAAAUAGAAAAAGAAACAAGACGUAAAAUCUCGGUCACCUCCUCUGAAGGUUUCAGUGACGGAUCUUGCCAAAGGGAGCAACCUGCCCAGCACAAACCAUAUCUAAUGACUCAAAAGUCAUUUUUGAAACCCAAACCAUCACCUAUAAAUACAUUCCUGAAGACUAAAGUUAUAGAAAAUAAAGAUUACAGUUCAGGCAGUUCGGAAGAUAUCGAAUACGGUUUAGGAGGCGAAUCUCUUGCAGAUGAAGUGAGCGUUUCUAUCAGUUCUAGCGAUGAAAGUAAGGAUAAAGAUUUGAGAAAGUCAAGCUUGAAUUUGAAUCUAUCCUUUAGCUCGACGGAAGAUAAAAGUUUCAUCAAAAAAUCUUUGCCAAUAUUCAGACCGGUAACAUUAACCAUAGCUGAUUCUACCCUAGACGAUGCUGCUGCGGAAAGUAUCGAUGUCAUGUUGCUACAAGAUGAAACGUCUCCUGUUGAAGAUAGCCUUCUGAGUUUCUCUGACUCUGAAGAACAGAAAAGGAACAAUCAAGAUUCAUCCAACUCAAAAGAUAUCAAUGAGAAACCAUCACCGUCUACACCAGGGACACCAACAAACGCAUCAAAUUCUUGUUCUCUAUCAGAAGGCAAAGAUGAUUUUUUGAUCGAUGAUGAAAUAGCCGAUCAACCUGCCUUGGUGUUUGGAGACAAAUCGCAACAUUCCGAACCAACAACUUUGAUUGAAACUUCCACUCCUAAAAAAAGAAGGGUACUGAUGAAAUCGUUCGAAGGUAGUCCACUGGUCAUGAAGGAAAGUCAUAAAAGUAGCACCAUGUCUUUGGAUACUUUGUCACCUACUGACAGUUUUGGCAGUGGGGACAUGAUGAUGGAUUACGAAUUUAGUCAUAGCAGUAUUGAUGAUUGUGAAAAAUCAGGAAUCAGCAAUAGAAAAAAGUUUAUCUUUGAAGAACCAACAAAUUCUUUGCAGGCCGAGCUCAUAAACGCAGUCAACACAAUUGAAACUGACAUAAAACAUAAUGAAGAAAUAAGGGACUGGUCGGCAUUACUAAAUUGCACAAACAAAAGUGGUUCUUCGAGGCCAAGAUUCAUACGUUCUAGAACCGGCACCCCCAAUUCCAUGUGUCAGUCUCCCAGCUCCCUAGACGGAAGGACGAACGGCCGUCUUUCUUCGACGGCUAGCAGUUCCUUGCGACGUUUGGUCCAUAACAACUCAACCCAGGGGGGCUAUGAGUCCGACGAUUCUAUCGUGAAAUUGGACAGGAGCCAAGCAACCAUAAAAAAUGAUAUUCACGAUGUCAAAACGAUGCUAUUCAAACUGAGGGAAAUAUUGAAUGAGCAAACCAUUGAAGAUGAAUUGUUGACGUCUGAAACUCGCAACCCAUUCGAAGGAAGCAUGAAUGGGCAGAACAAUGGUUUGGUGUCCGAACAUAAUGGCUGUGAUGGAGCGGAAGAAGAAUCCAAACGAUUUGAACUGGCGGACCUUCGCAGACAGGUGCUGUUUUUACAGGGCCAGUUGGAAGAUAAAGACAGAAAAGUGAUGUCCUUGCAAGAUCAGCUGACUAAGAUGUGUACAGAUAAUUAUCAAUCAAAUUCUGCUCCAGCUUCCACUACGAGUAUGAAUAAAGAAAUGAGCAACGCAGCAACUCAAACAGAAAAGAUCCGUCGUCUAUCAACUGAACCUUCCUUGACAAAUUGUUCUCACUCAGAGGCAACUCAAGGGAAUCUAGUCAGUGUGACUGAACUUGACAAAAGAAUACAAACGCCAUCAUCGAUACAAAAAAUGACGAAUCCAGUGGACCCUUCAGCCUCAUCGAUGAUGUAUCAACGUUUAUCCAACUCUAAAGCACACACAAUGAUUCCACGUCGUUCUCACAGUCGGACAAGGGCUUCGCCUUCCACAUUAUCGUGAUAAUAUUCCUAUUUUUCUAGAAUUGUAGAUAAUUAUGAAAAAGAGGUAUAUGUGACCUUCAAUUAUUUAAUUUGUAAAUAAGUAUCAUGUUAGAGAACCGAAAAUUGCCUUACCUCAACAUGUUGAUUAUUAUUUAGGUCAUAAUGGGCUUUAAUAAUAAUAGUAUGAUGGAAAUUGAUUAUUUUGAUAGUUAUUUAAUUUAUAGUUAUAUUGAAUUUUUUCUCAAAUUGAUAUCUCCCAUAUAUGAAAAUAAAUUAUUGAAUUUUUGAUAUUUUGCAAUAGAUUUAUUAAUAUAAUUAACAUAAGAGACAUAACUGACCAUUUUAGGAAAAUUUGAAUUUUUGAUCAAAGGUUUAUAUCAUAUCAUGUUCAUGUUGUGAUAGGGCUCUAGUUUCUAUAGUAUAUCGCAUAUAUCUCAAUUUCUCAGUAUUACCUAUCAUUAUCAUUGAUGUAUAAAAUACUUAAAAUUAUUAUUAGGUAGCAUAAUUUAUCUGUGAUUUUAAAUAAUAUUUGUAUUCUUUCAAAUGUUUCACUGAAGGUUAUUUUUCAUUCAAUAACAUACAUACUGUAUGUAGGAAAAUCUGAUGCGCAUCAGUACAACCUGACUUACCUGUCUAUUGGUUAUACAGAUUCUUCUAUAAAGUGGUGUAUGACAGAUCAACUUUCAUAUAGUAUUUGACAUAUAAUUUUUUCUAUUUUCAUGGAUUUCAAUCAAAUAGUCAUCAUCGUUUUUUCUUCAUAUUUUAUGUUUUGUUUUCUAUUGACUUAUAAGCUUUAAAUGAUUUUAUUUAUUUUUGUAACAGUAUUUAUACAUCCCGAUUCUGUCAAAAAAUAUUGGGGAAGACAAUAAACCAAUAAUUCAUCACUUGAUUCUUCCCUCGAAGUAUAAUGUAAGUUUUCAUGUGAUGAAAUUUAUGUUGAAUAAAAUAUGAGGAAUGA